AACAGAUUUCCCCGGCUGUAGAUGACGGCGAAUGUACAAAUGCAUGUUGAUUCCAGGAGAAGGUUCAGAGGCCUAGCUUUAGAGCUAGGUUUCCCCUGAACUACUUCAUAUAUCAGAAGAGCAUGGAUCUCAAGCCUGGUAGAAGCAAGUCCAAAGCCCAUGUCAGGCCUCUAAGAAGACUUUCUGUAGCAAAAAAAGAUGACCAGAAGGGCAAUGCGAAACUGCAGAAGGGCCCUUCUAUUACUUCUUUUUUCAAGAACACACCACCUUCCAAACUGGCCUGCCCACUGUGUGGCAAAUUUGUACCUCGUUUCAAAAUCAAUGAACACAUGGACUCUCAGUGUCGAGACUUUCUUGAGGCAAAUGACGUACAGGCAGCAGCAGCCCAGGACAAUGAACAAGGGAAAAUAUCUUGGCCCUUUUCAAAUAACGCCCCUCAGAGUCCAAAUAAGGAGAAAAACGCAAGCGUGCCUGAAAAUGAUCAGGAGACGAAAACAAGCCCGUAUUUUAACAAGUGUGGCAUAAUGAGACAAGAGUCACCGAAGACAAGUUCCAAUGCUAGAGAGGUCAAGAUAGUCAGUCUUGGGCGUUUGUCUUCAAAACUCUCCAAAAAAGUACUGUUUGUUUCAGAGGACUCCGAAGUUCAUAGCACCCAAAUGUCAAUCAAAGAAGAGCCAAUCUCAAGUGAGCCAAGUAGUUCACAAAAAGAAAACUUUGACGAGAAUGUAAACGUUAAAUCCGAACACCAAGAGACGAAUUCAACGUUAACUACUCGGGCGCCAACUGAAAAUCUACCUCGUGUUGAAAAAGUUGAACAGGCCACGCCAAAAGUAAAAUCACUGGGUCCUGAUGUUUCUCAAACAACAGAAGCCACUGCUUCAUUGAGAUUAAUGAAGAGGAAGAAAGAAGAGUCUCCUGGUGCAGGUGUCACCCCAAACAUGCAGAAGAAAACGCGAUAUUCGGGGAAAAGAACUGCCAAAUCUGGGAGCACUGAUCCAUUACCAGAGGUUGAAGUCAGUAAAUCCAAAAGCAAGGAUGUAGAAAGGGACCAGAUUAUGGCUCCAGAUGGAGGCAGUGAUCUUCCACAGGAUGAUGGUACCUCCUCUGUGGAACAUGGUUCACCCAGACGGCCAUACUACCUUCAGAACUUCCUGACUGUUCUGGAAACCGUGCUGGAGAAUAAGGAUGACCGAGUGCUCUUCAGUGACGAGGAACUCUCGUCUAUCCAGAGAUUCAAGCAGCUGUCGGCGCCUGGACAGAUGCUGUAUGUGCGUCUGUUUCAGAGGAAGCUGAAAUGGCUGCAAGUGAGCAAACUAGAUUAUGCUGAGAUUAGUUCAGACCUCAGUCCUGUUGUACAAGAACUUGUCUCCAAUGGCUUCCUCCAGACAGAGUCUGAACUUGCCGAGAUCCAGGACGUAUUAGAUCUUCUACCUGCUCCGGAGCUCCGAAGCCUGGCCAAGACUUUCCACCUGGGAGGUCCAGGGAACAGUAGCCAGAAACAGCAGCUGGUGGAAGGGCUUCUCCUUUUGUCCAAACAGCGCUCUCUCUUUUCUCUUGUCCCUGGCCAAAGCAGCACUGGUGCAGUCAUUCUCAAAAGGGCAAAACAGCUAGCGGGCUCCUGUGUGUUGCUGUGUCGGGAUCCUCGCGCUAUGUUCUCUCGUGCCCUCCUACUUUUCUCUCUUACUGAUACUCUGGAGGAGGAGGAAAUGGCAUCAGGGGGUCAAGGCCAACUCUACACUAUUCUCCUGGUCAACUCUGGACGUCUGGCUUUCCCUGCCUACACAGUUCAGCGGUCUGCCCGGAUAUUUAGGGACAGGGAAGAUUUAAUCAGAUACGAAGCUGCCAUGCGAACCCUUCAAGAGGUGAUUACAGCAAUGCAGGCUGGUUGCUGGGAGGACGCUCACGUCCUCUAUGCUUCCGCGAAGUCUAACUGGCAAAACAUGAAGCAGACGUAUGACUUAAGUUGGCAGGAGGAGUUACCCGUGUUCCUGCGGUGCUUCACAGUAGGCUGGGCAUGUACACGUAUAUUGUCUCGAGGAGUCGAGAUACUACAGAGGCUACGUCGCUAUGAGGAUGCAGUGGACGAGCUGCGGUCUCUUUUGUCUCAGUCAGUGUUCUGUCCAGACAGCAGAGGGCGCUGGUGGGACAGACUUGCACUCAAUCUCCAGCAGCACCUAAAAUGCCAUGAGCAGGCCAUCUACGCCAUCAGGGAUGGAUUAAAUGAUCCACUGGUCCGGACAGGUCACCGUUUGUCACUGCACCAGAGAGCCACCAGAAUGAAGGAGUCAGCGAGUUGUAAGAAGUACCGCCUGCUGCUCCGAGACCUUCCUUCUGUCCGUGUGCACAGUGUUACUCAUGUUACAAUCCGAGGCCAGCUUUUUCCACACGAGGGCGGUAUGGGCAAAUCGGUGUUCCUCAGGCCUGCUGUUGGGCACGAAGGCUCUGGAGAAGGAGGCGAUGCCAUGGUCAUGUGCUCUGUAGAGGAGCUGGCUUUGGCGCACUACAGAGAACUCGGCUUCGAUCAAGGCAUUCACGGAGAAGGCUCGACAUUCUCCACUUUGUUUGGCCUUCUGAUGUGGGACGUUGUCUUCAUGAACGUCUCGGAUGUCUUCAGAACAUCCUAUCAGACGUGUCCUCUGGACUUGUACACCGACUGUUUCUACGAGAAUCGAAAGGAGGUCAUCGAGGCCCGUGCUGAGCUGUUGUCCGAGGCGUCCACGGAAACACUGCAGCAGCUGCUGGCUGAUGUGUGGAACUCACAGGAGGGAAGAGUUUGUGCACUUGUUAACUGGGAGCGAUUCUCUUGUCUUCAGCAAGCCCAGAGCUUAGUAGGAUGUCUGGGAGGACGAUUUUUAAGUGGAGUCGUUCUUAGAAUGGCAAAAGACUACAGACACAGCAAAGGAGGGCUUCCUGACCUGGUUGUGUGGAACGCUUCAAAUAACAGCUAUAAGCUAGUGGAGGUGAAGGGCCCUAAUGACCGUCUGUCCCAGAAACAGCAGCUCUGGCUGGAUGAGCUGCAGAAACUGGGUGCUGAUGUUGAAGUGUGUCACGUCACUGCUGUUGGAGCUCGUGGAGCGCGGCUGGAAUAGAAACGAAAAUUGCCUCCAUGCAUACUGCUGCACGAAUGGACAGAACAUUUCACUCAUGCUGGUAAAUUUUCUCUGAAGACUGUUGAGAUGGGCCUUGUAUGGAUGUGCUGGUUUAAUGCAACAGUACUUCUGAUACUUGUUCUCUGCUCAAACUAUAACACUACCACAUGUAUUAAGUAUAAUACAUACAGCGCCCUCCACAAUUAUUGGCACCCCUGGUUAAGAUCUGUUAAAAGCUUUAAAAUAAAUUGUUUUUAUUGCAGGAGCAUAAUCUCACACUGAAAAUUGUAGAAAAAUGCAACCUUUAACUCAAGUGAAUUUAAAAAAAAAAUCCCUGACUAAGAAAUAUUUUUCAUAAAAUCACCUGUUACACAAUUAUUGGCACCCAUAAUUCCUAGAAAAUAAAUGUAAUUGAAGCAUUUCUGUCAUUUCUACAGUAGUUUAUAAAGUUGAUCAGAGUAUCCAGGAACCUUUAAUUAGUAAUUCAUCACAUCCUGUUUCCCUGGGGUAUAAAUAUGAUGUGACACAGAGGCCUAUUUCUCUUAUCCACUCUUCAACAUGGGAGAGACAAGAGAACACACCAUUCAAGUAAGGCAGAUGUGUGUCGACCUUCAUAAGUCAGGCAAUGGCUACAAGAAAAUAGCCACUCGCCUACACCUGCCCAUAUCUACAGUCAGAGGAAUCAUCAAGAAUUUAAAACAACUUGAACAGUGGCAAACAAGCCUGGACGGGGAUGCAAGUUUAUCUUGCCACCACGCACAGUGAGGAGGAUGGUAAGAGAAGUAAAAAGUUCUCCAAAGCUCACUGUUUGAGAAUUGCAUCAAAGAGUAGCAUCUUAGGGUCACAAAGGCUACAUCCACACGACAACGAGAUUUUAUUUAAAAAAAUAUUGCGUCCACAUGGGCAACGGAUCAGUAAAAUAUCAGGUACAUAUGGCAACGCUUGCUGAAAACGAUGCAAUACACAUGCCACACCUCUGCGUGCGCUGUAAGACGGUCCCAUCGGAGACACCAGAACAAUAGAAGAAGUAGGACGCAUGCGCAUAAACCCCUUCUUCUACCCUACGUGAAGCACUCAGGAACAAACACACAACAACAAGAAGAAGAUGGCUGCGACUACGCGAGGAAAUCGUGCCUUCUGUGUGUACAAAUUAGUUUUAUUAGUGUGCAUAGUUUUAUAUAACUUAAUUUUCUUAUUGUGUGUGAACAUUUUGAAAAGCAUUUUUAUAUAAUUUAUAUAACUUUUUAUAUUGUGUGUGAACAUUUUGAAAAGCAGUCUUAUCCAAUAAAAAAAAAUGAAAUUCAAGAAAUGGCUCAGUUACUUGUUUAUUUAAAAGAAAAGCUGUAUACAAAAGUGAAUGCAAUGCAGUGGUUCAUACAAAACAGUGAGAGUGCUGCUUGUUCUAGUCAUGUGGUUGUGACGUCAUCGUAAACAAAUCCGUUCUACUCAUCCAGACGACUUCGCAACGGCGCCGUUGCCAGAUUUUUCCACUCUGGAACCCGUUCUCAAAAAAUAUCGUUUUGGGGCACCCAAAACGCCGGUGCCGUGUGGACGCCAGGCCGAAACGAUAAACAAUUUUAUCAGAUUCACCUGAAUCCGUUGCCGUGUGGACAGGGCCAAAGUCUCCAUAACAACCAUCAGGUGCUAUCUACGUGCCAACAAGCUGUUUGGGAGGCAUGCACGGAAAAAGCCUUUUCUCACUUACAAGCAUAAACGUAAACAUCUGGAGUUUGCUAAGCGGUACUGGGACCAUGUGCUUUGGUCAGAUGAGACCAAGAUAGAGCUUUUUGGCAACAAACACUGUUGACGCAACACAAAAGAUGAGUAUGCGGAAAAGCACCUCAUGCCCACUGUGAAGUAUGGGGGAGGAUCGGUGAUGCUGUGGGCCUGUUUCUCUUCCAAAGGCCCCGGGAACCUUGUCAGGGUGCAUGGCAUCAUGAACUCUUUUUGAAAUACCAGGACAUUUUAAAUCAAAAUCUGGUGGCCUCUGCCUGAAAGCUGAAGAUGGGUCGUCACUGGGUCUUUCAGCAAGAUAAUGACCCUAAACAUGUGGCCAAAUCUACACAAAAAUGGUUCACCAGACAUAAAAUCAAGCUCCUCCCAUGGCCAUCUCAGUCCCCAGACCUCAACCCAAUUGAAAACCUGUGGGGUGAGCUGAAGAGGAGAGUGCUCUGGACGAUUUAGAGAGAUUGUGCAAAGAGGAAUGGUCGAAGAUCCCUCUCUCUGUAUUCUCCCAUCUUGUGAAAUGUUAUAGAAGAUUAAGUGCUGUCUUGUUGGCAAAAGGGUGUUGUACAAAGUAUUAACAUGAGGGGUGCCAGUAAUUGUGGCACACAUGAUUUCAUGUAAAAGAAUUAUUUCUUAAUGUGGGAUUCCCCCCCCCCACUGAAUAAAUGCACUUGAAUUAAAGGUUGGAUUUUUCUUUUUUUGCAUUGUUGUCCUAUAUUUAUUUAUUUAUUUUUUUAAAAAAUGAAUUUAUUAGAAGCCUAAGAACAUAUCUUAACGAGGGGUGCCAAUAAUUGUGGAGGGCGCUGUAGUAUGAAGAGAUGAUUGAAUUUCUGUGGCUGCUGGUUUAGCUGUUUCAUUCAUUUUUUUUUUAAAUAUAAAUUAUACUUGUAUUGAAAUUCUGGGAGAAAAUAAUGAAUAAUUAA